GACAGAGAAAUUGCGUUGUCUUUGUUCUAUCUCUGGUAAAAUUCACAAGCAUCCAAGAAGAUGGUUUGCUGACUUAAUUUGGUGCUUGGUGAUUGAAUUCGGCGACUUUGUUAAUGGCUUACAUAGCUCCGCAUAAACGGUUGUCAAAGAACCAAGAGGGCCCCCCUCCUAAGCCCGUGCUUCCCAACUUCAAGAAGAGUCUUGAUAUAAACUCAUCAAGAUCAAGUUCUGAUAAGAGGAGGGAAAAGUUUAACACAUAUGCAAAGAACAUCGUUUAUGCUAGUCACUCUAUAUCAAGAUGGCUGGCAAUUCCAUCAAUGGAUGACGUGCAGCUUUCAUCUUCAUUAAGCUUGGCACCUGUUAACUUUCAAUCUACAGAGUUUAAACCUGGAGAGAAAUUUUUCAGUCUAGUUAACGGUCAGUCACAACAAGGUUUCUUUCUUUCAAUCUGCAAUAACCUUUCCUGUUUCCCCCUCCUAGAUUUCCACAACAUUUAGAUACUUCAGGCUUAAGUAUGCUUUGCAUUAUGUAAAUUUUCAUUUAAUCAUGUUAGAGAGCCAUGACACUAAGAGCUGUUACUUGGAGCAUACGUGGGAAUCGGUUGCUGAAACCGUACAUGCAGAUCUGCUUUCAGCUUUUCAGAAUGUAAGAAAUGAAUUGGUGGAUCAAAAUCUGGAAAAAUCCAAGACAGCUAUUGUUGCUCGAUUUGGCAAAGUGCUUUUUCGUCGGAAUCCUUCAUGCAACCUAGAUCUGGUCAAGGAAAACUCGGUUUCUGAAUCCUGUGUAAAGCAGGUGAAAAGAAUGUUCUAUACUAACGUACCUGCAGAAUAAAUGAAACACAUUAAAGAGGCAGUUUUGCCAGAGCUCAGUGUUCAUUUUAAGGAAGAAAAAGACGUAUAUCGUGUAAAGCUUGCUGAUGCCAAACGACCGGAUUCAAUCGUAUCUUGCAAAUGCAGAGUUCAUAAAGAUGAAAAGAAACUUGAACUUUACAAGAUUGAGUUAAACCCAGUACGACAUCUAAUUGUUGAUAUGUCUUGCCUUGCAAGUAAUGUGGACCUAAGGUUGGCUCUCUGCACAAAGAAGACCCUAACAGCUCUCCAGGAAGAAGAGGUGCAAGAAAUAAAAAAUCUUAUAAGCUCGGCAAUAUUCGACCCAAAUGUGAAGGGUGGUCUUAGGUGGUCUCUUGGGAAAAGCAAGUCUGGAGGUCAGUACAGCGUUGUUAACGUGUGGCAUGCCAAGACUGAAACUUAUCGUAACUCAUCUAUAAGGUUUAAAUUGAGAGAGGCUGAUCGCUAUGAUUUCCUUACUUCAACGGGUGAAGUUACAAGGGAAAUUGUUAUGCGGCUAACACAGAUGGAGAACCUGCUGGAGCAGGGAAAUGAAGCUAAUAGUGUCAUGGCUGUGCUUGAAGAUGUGCUGAAAUUGAUUCUGAACCACUUCCUAGCUAGGGAAGGCAGUCUGGUCUCCUGCAGUGAAUCGUAAUAGACUAAGUUAUACUUCUUGUUUCACUGAAUUGAUUCGGAACACUUCCUAGCAUGGGAGGGCAGUCUGGUCUCCUGCAGUGAAUCGUGAAAUACCAACUAAUAUCUUGUCUUCUCGUGUACUCUACUGCUUGUCUGCUCGCUUGUAUUAUUCUUAUAUUUCUUCAGUUCCUCAAUACUUGCAAUACUUGUGUUUA